AUGGCCUACGCUCAAUGGGUUAUCAUCAUCCUCCACAACACCGGCGCGAAGCCGUUGAAGUUGAAGAACUUGAAGCCAUCCUACGGCAAACUCCAUGCCGAUGGUGACAAAGACAAGGAAGUCUACCCCAGCGAAUACGAGGGCAAGGUACUCGGUCCCGACGACAAGCUCCAGAUCAACGCGUGCGGCAGGUCGGAUGCUGCCGAGGGCACCACCGGCGACUUCGACCUUGUCGACCCCAACGAGAACGACAAGGUCAUCCGCCACUUCUACUGGGACUGCCCUUGGAUCAGCAAGACCAACACCUGGACAGUCAGCGGCUCGAACAGCAAGUGGAUGGUCGAGUAUAGCGGCCAGAACUUGAACGGCGGUGGCCUUGGCACUAUCACCGUAGAGGUCAUGGCAAAGGGCGCCUAA